AUGGGCUUUACGUUAAAGGUGCAGUUUAAGAAGACAGGUUUAAUGGCGGGAGCGACCGGUGGUCCUCCUAUGCACUCAAGCAGCUUUGGCAGCAGCAGCAGCAGCAGCAGCAGCAGCAGCAGCAGCAGCUCAUUAUGCCAUCCAUAUAUAUCUAGUCUUAGCUGCCCAGCAGAAUUAACAGGGACAUCUCCUCAUGAAUUGUUGCUGCAUACACGAUCAAGUCCAUCAACAGCAACAGCAUCAGCAGCAGCAGCUGCAGCAGCAGCAGCAGCAGCAGCAGGAGAUACACCUCUAGGUUCCUUUAGAACAAGAGGAGGGGCCCCCACACCCCACAGGGGGCCCCCCCUCACGGGGAUCGGAUCCCAGUGCAUCUCCCCUGCCUCCUUUGAGGCUUUUGUUGCUACGCCCUCCCAACCCUCAUUGGAGGAAUUGCAGCAGCUUGUUGCUCUUAAGCUUAGACAGGACUUGAGGGCAGGCCGAGUGACUGCCCAGCCUUCCAACACUGCGCAGCAGCAGCAGCAGCAGCAUCAACAGCAGCCACAGCCACAGCCACAGCAGCAGCAGCAGCAACAGCAGCAGCAACAGCAGCAGCAGCAACCAUACCUGCGGCGCCUCCCUACACCUAAGUCAGAGAAAACGCCCCUACAAGCUCAGACACUGCAGCAGCAAAUAGGGGAGGUAGCAGCAGCAACAGCAGCAGCAAGCAGCACGGAGCAGUUAGGUCCAUUAGGAAUGCUGUGUUCCUUGAUGCAGCAGCAACAACAACAGCAGCAGCAGCAACAGCAGCAGCAGCAGCAGCAGCAUGAACCAAGCUGGCUUGAGGCCCCCAAUUCCUUACCAGACUCAACUAGUUGGAUGCUGCAGCAGCACGAGACUGCUGCUGCCUUCCAGCAGCUGAAGCUAACACCUACAAUGUCUCCGCAGCAGCAGCAGCGGCCACUGCAGCAGCAGCAGCAACAGCAACAACAACUGCACAUGCCACAGCAGCAGCCGCAGCAGCAGCAGCAACAGCAGCAGCAAGGUAGCAACGACCUCAGAGGCUCGCAGCUAAUGCAGCAAAGGUUCCAGCUAGCUAGCCUCUUGCUGCAGGGUGCAGCAAAUAUGCAGCAGCAGCAGCAGCAGCAAGAUGAAGAGCAGCCGCAGCAGCACCUGAUGCUGCAGCAGGAGCAGCAGCAGCUGCUGCAGCAGGAGCAGCUAAAACAAGAAAGACAACGAAGGCAGCAACUAGAGACUUCCUUCCUUCUUGCCUCUACGGAGAAGCAGCAGAUGAUGCUGCUGCAGCAGCAGCAGCAGCAGCAGCAAAAAGCUAGCUGGAUCUGCAGCAGCAACGAGCAGCAGCAACAGCAACUGCAGCAGCAGCUGCAGCAACAGAGCUACAUAGGCCCUGUAGAGGAGGACGAAACAGCAGAGAACCAACAAGACAGGCUCGUCGGCUUAGGGGCAGCGACUCAGAGUUCCUUUGGGGAUGUAUUAACAAGCAGCAACCCUCAUCGCUAUUCAAGCCUUGUUGACAGCAGCAGCAGCAGCAGCAGCUGCAGCAGCAGCAGCGGUGGAGGCGCCGCUUUAUCAUUUCUGCCCAAGACCGACCCUGGCGAGCUGCUGCUGCAGCAACCACCACCACAUACCCAGCAGCCCCAGCAACCGCAGCAGCUGCAGCAGCAGCAGCAGCAGCAUUCUGUCUUAUCCCUGCAACAGCCUCCUUUAGGUUUACCAACAACAACAGCAGCAGCAACAACAACAACACCACCAGCAGCAGCAGCAGCAGCAAAUACAAAACUUGACCGUAUUCAAGCAAACCCUGACCUCCUUGAAUUCGCAACUGCUCUUAUGCAGCAGGCAUUAGGGGAAGGAGCAGCUAGCCAGAGGCAGCAGCAGCAGCAACAGCAGCAACAGCAACAGCCGCUGCAGCAGCAACCGAUACAGCAAAUGCAGACCCAACAGCAGCAGCAGCAGCAGCAGCAGCAGCAGCAGCAAAUACCCCCUCAGCAAAUGCAGCAACCUGCUCCCAUCAGGAAUUCUUUACAGGUGAUGCAGCCAAGCUCAGCUAUUGGCUCACCAAGUAACGACAAUACAACAGAGCUGCUGCAGCAGCUGCUGCUGCUGCUGUCGGAGAAAACUGCUGGAGGUGCUGCAGCAGCUGCAGCAGCAGCAGGUGCAGCAGCAACUGCAGCAACAGCAGCAACAGCAGCAACAGACAAAACACACAGCGCCAGCCUCAUUGCUAAUGUCCCUUUCUACUAA